ACGAGCUUCCGCAUUUCCUCCCUCCUGCCCCUUAUUUGUUUUCGGAAAUAACUCCAGUAUUUAACCCCUGCUGUCUGCAAGAAACUCAAGGUACUAUGGCGACUGAGGAACCGAACACAGUUAAGGAAACCUUGCUUAUCACGGGCGGGGGAGGUUACUUUGGACACCGCCUGGGCUGUGCCCUCCAUAAAAAGGGGGCAAGAGUCAUUCUGUUUGAUGUCCACCCGCCUGUCCAGAGCAUCCUAAAAGGAAUCACGUUUAUACAAGGAGACAUAAGGAACUAUCCAGAGGUGGAGAAGGCGCUGAGGGACACAGAUUGCGUUUUCCACUUGGCUUCUUAUGGGAUGUCAGGUAGAGAGCAGCUCAACCAAAAACUGAUCGAAGAGGUGAAUGUGAGAGGAACGGAGAAUGUGAUCCAGGCCUGCUUGAAAAACGGGGUCCCGAGACUGGUUUACACAAGCACUUUUAACGUGGUGUUUGGGGGUCAGGUUAUAGAGAAUGGAGACGAGUCUCUCCCAUACUUGCCGCUCCACCUCCAUCCAGACCACUACUCCAGGACCAAAUCUAUAGCGGAAAUGGCUGUGCUCAAAGCAAAUGGCGCUGUGUUGGAAAACGGGAGCGGUAUCUUGAGAACCUGCGCCCUCCGCCCAGCUGGGAUCUACGGGCCUGGGGAGCUGAGACACCUGCCUAGGGUUGUCAGCUACAUUGAAAACGGGGUAUUUAAAUUUGUGUACGGAGACCCAAACAGCCUGGUGGAGUUCGUCCAUGUUGAUAACCUGGUGGCAGCUCACAUGCUUGCGGCUCAAGCCCUGGCGGCUGAAAAAGAGCACAGAGCCGCCGGCCAGCCCUACUUCAUUUCCGACGGGAGGCCGGUCAACAACUUUGAGUUUUUCCGCCCUCUAGUGGAUGGUUUGGGGUACACAUUCCCCAGGGUUCGCCUCCCACUCUCUCUGAUAUAUUUCUUUGCGUUCCUGACAGAAAUGGUCCACUUUCUCGUGGGCCGCUUUUAUAACUUCCAGCCUUUGCUGACUCGCACUGAGGUUUACAAGACAGGGGUCACACACUACUUCAGCAUGGGCAAGGCUAAGGAAGAACUGGGCUAUGAGCCCCAGGAAUACAGUAUGGAGGAGGUUGUAGAGUGGUUUAAAGUGAAUGGUCAUGGAAGAAAGCCUAGCCUGUACACCUUUAAAAAGCUGGUACGGGAUAUUUUACUCGUGGCUGCACUUGCUGCUUUUACCUUUUCUUGCAUUCCAGUGGUAGGUUCAUAAUCAUACUGACACAGUCAAACCCCCCCCACCCCAUACACGCACACACACACACACAGACACACAUAAGGUCGGCCACCGGACUGAGCAGUUCACAUGUUGUGUGUGUCUCAUUAAUAGGUUUCUUUUUGUUACUAUAUACGCCCAUUCGCCUAGUAAUUUAAUUUUACGUAUGUUGUGAUGAUAAUGAUUAUUAUUAGUCUAGGUGAUUUAUAAGUGAAUCAUAACCUACGGCAUAUAACUCGGGUAACUAAAAAAAAGUUUUAUAGCUCUUUCGUUUGAUGUAUAAUUAAAGUUUUCAUGUAGCUUUUAAUAAAGCUGGUUAAACUUCUCUAUAAUCUUGUCUUUGCUGAAUUGCAUUUAAAAUUUUGAUCAUAUUUCAGUAGACUGUUCAGAAGAGACUUGCUCUAUGUGACACUAUCAGUAAGUAAAGCGAGCGAGUCCGUUACUAAUUUAUGAAAUCAUUUUACAAAAUGGGUAAUAAUAUAUAAAUUAAAAAUUAAUUGAAGAUGGAAUAGUGAAAAAGUGUGGGAUAGCAAGAUAUAUGUUUUGGAAGCAACUUACACUAGCAGUGGAGCUGGCUGCAAAAUUAGAAGCACCGGAGUGGAUCGUGAGCGGAUCGAACUGGGAAAAUAAAAUCCAUGGAGCAAGCGGUUUCAAAGAGGAAGAGAGCAAAGAGCGGCGUUUAUGAACGCUCCACGCUGCUCAAAUGCUCUCCUCGUCAACAAGUCUUUAUUAUGUAAUGUACAAUUUAAUAGGGAUAACUCAACUAUUUAUAACAACCAUAAAAUAUAUAAUUGAGAACCUCGAAAACCACACUUUCCCUGCAUAUUCUCGGGGAUAAUAUGGAGAGAUGAGUGCUAUCUGCAGUAGUGAAAAUGAUUGGGCUCUGAGAGUGGGCUCUGUUUGAAUUACCUGGACAAGGGCAGAUAGAGUUCUCCCUUCUUACUAUUAUUGUAUUGCCCACACUUACUGUGACACACUUACUUUAUACAAUGACAUGUAUUACUAAAAACAGUAACAUUGAAGGGGAUCAUUGACUAACGCAUUAAAAGUAUUACCUUUGUAUUGAUGUGGUGCUACUGGUCUAAUUUUUCAUGUUAUGUGAAUAUUAGUGUACUGUUUACAGUAGAGUUGUUGUGUUUCUUUUGGUAGAAAAAGGGAUACAUAUGACAGUAUUCUUUUGGGGGGUACCUUUUAUGCAUAAAGGAUUUUGCUUUUUCAAUUUGUUAAUAUAUAAAUCUUGUUUUUAAAUUUA